GUUGUUGCGCAACACCAUUAGCUCCGCUGUUAAAUUAGUUGUGUCGCCGCUGACGCGUUAGUUGCUGUGUGCGCUGUGUUAAAUAAGGUUGGUGCCUGUGAGGUUGCAUGAAUGAAAUAGAAACAUAAAACGGAUAAGAGAACAAACGCUAAGGGGAAAAGGAAAACCACCAGCUCGAACUUUGUUGCAGUGUUGGGCAGUACUUUCUAUGUUCAUCCUGUGAGCUCGUCUGCCAUCCCUUUUUUCCCGAUACAUUCCGUGGGUGCAUUGUGGCCCAUUUGUUUUGUUACUUUUUUUUUGUCUUUUUUCAUUUGUUGGAAUUCAUCUUAGAAUGAACGGCGCAGCGCUGUAUGAGCAGGCCACCUUCGUGACGGAGCGGGCGUGGGAGUACGCGAGCAGCACCACUUCCAUCUUCAACCGUGCCCGCUCCCUUGUCGCCGGUGAUGCACAGUUCUUUUCGGUAGCCCCAAAAGUCGAUGACCUGCGGCGUAGCUUGAACUCCGAGGCGCUGCACGACAAGCGGGACGCCAUGAAGCGCAUUGUGGCCCAAAUGUGCAAGGGCAGCGACAUGCGGCACUUUUUCACCGACGUGGUGAAGAACAUUCACGUGCCGUCGAUUGAGCUGCGCAAACUCAUUUACCUCUUCAUUGUCUAUUACGCCGAGGACUGCCCGGAUGAGACGCUCUUGUCCAUUUCUGCGUUUCAGAAGGACCUCGUAGAUCCCAGCAUGCACGUGCGCGCCUUGGCCCUGCGCAUGCUCGCCGCUCUUCGCAUCCCGGCGAUCCAACCAGUCGUGAUGGUGGCCGUGCGGAAGUGUGCGGACGACUUCGCGCCGGUGGUGCGCAAGACGGCGGCGCUGGCCCUCGUACAGAUGCACAGCGUCGCCCGCAAUGAUCUCGACAACGACGGCGUGCAGAAUCUGCUGCGCACUCUCUUGUCCGAUCGCAACCCGGACGUGGUGGGCGCAGCAUCGAUGGCCUUCACGGUGGUGUGUCCGACGAAGUGGGAGCUCCUGCACCCCGUCUACCGACGCCUGUGUCGAAUUCUUGUGGCGUGUGAGGAGUGGGGACAGGUGGUGCUGCUGCGCCUUCUUCUGCGCUACGCACGUCUGCACUUCGUGGAUCCCAGCGGGCCGUACGCGGGGAAGGGAGAGGCAGAGCGAGGUUCCGGCGACGAGGUCAGCAGCAGCAGCAGCGGCAGUGACGAUGACGACGAAGACGCCACUUCGUCUUCUGCUUCAUCAUUUGAUGAGAAGCUGCGCUUGCAGAACGGAGCUAACACGGGUGUUUCUGACGCAGACCGGGGCAUCGAUGUGGAUUUGCUGCUUCUUCUAAAUUCCGCCCGGCCGCUUCUGCGCAGCAUGAACAGCGCGGUGGUGGUGGCGACCAUCGCCUUGUACACUCACUGCGGGACACGGCGGUUCCACGCUGCGUGUGCGAAGCCGGCGAUGCGGCUGCUGAAUACCUGUGCCGAGGGCCACAUCGCCAUUUUGAACGUUAUCUACGCGCUUCUGCUCCUUCAUGACGACGCUUUCAGGCCCUAUUAUAAAAGUUUCUUUCUCCUCCCGCUCGAUUCGGCCGAUGUGCGCCGGCUGAAACUGCGCAUUCUCGCCCGUCUUGUCACGCCGAUGACCGCAGAGGACGUUUUCCGCGAGUUCCGCUCCUACGUCCACCAGUGGAAUGACGCCGCGGUGGUGGAGGCGAUACAGGGGUUGGGGCUAGUGGUGCAGCAAUACCCGCCGUUUGCGACGCACACCAUUCGCCUCAUUACGCCGCUGCUUUCCAGCACCACUAGCUCGCCCGCCGUCGUGGCAGAGGCCGUGACGGUGCUGCGCGUGCUCGUCCUGCAAGGCACCGAUCCGGUGCGCAUCUCCCGCCUUGUCUGCCGCCUGACGCUGGAUAUCAUGGAGAACCGCAUCACCGAGCCGUCGGCCGUCGCGACGAUCCUGUGGUUGGCAGGCGAGAACAUCUCCAAGCACGCCUCGAUGGCCGCGGCCGCGCCGGACUGCUUCCGCGUGUUCGCAAAGCGCUUCGGCUCGCUUGCGCCGGAGGUGAAGCGGCAGGUGCUCGCACUGGGUUGCAAGGUCUGGGUGUACCUCCAAGGCAACAGCGAGCUGGCGGAGCGCUUCAAGCAGGUGUACUUUUACGUGGCGGAGUUGGCCAAGUACGACGACGACUACAGCAUCCGCGAUGAUGAGCGCCUGGUCGAGGCGACCUUUGAUCGGCAGAGCGACACCUUCACGGCGGUGCGGACGGCUUUGUUGCGCGACAAACCGCUCCCUGACGCCGUUGACCCGUACGCGGAGCGGACGCACGCGGAGUUGGGAACGUACUCGCAGCUGCUUGGGCCCUCUGUGAGGGGCUGUCAACCACUGCCGGCGUGGUCCACGGAGCCGUCCAGCCCGACGCUGCGGCGCUCCGUGGAGGACACCGACGCCGCGGCAGCCGCCGUCGCCAUCUUUGAGUCAACGUCCGAGGAGGACGAAGAAAGCGGAAGCGAUGAAAGCGACACCGCCAGCAGCACCAGCAGCGCCGAUGACGACUCCGCCGCGAGCCGCAGCGCCUCCUCGACGGCUUCCUCCUCGGGGUCGUACGAGUCGAGCGACACCGACUCGAGGGACGCCAGCGAGAAGGACGGCGACAACAAAAAAUCUUCGCACUCCGGCUCGGCGAGUGAGGCCGCCGCUCCGGCAAAACAGCACAGGAAACAUCGCACAGGUGGCAAGAAAGGGACGGCUGGUGGUGCCGCCGUUUCCGUUGCAGCCGCAGCGUCGCCACCGAAGGCAACGGUACGGGUGACGAUGCGAUCUUCUCCCACACCAGCUGCGGCCGCACCGGCUUCGGUGACGGUGGAGGAGGAAACGGUGAAGGCCGGUGCGCCAGAGACGGUGGAAGCAAACGUGGUGGCGGAUGAUGCGCAAAACGACGCCGAGGGAACCGUAUCUAACGGUGGUGCCAAAGCUGUAAAGAACGAGGCCACGCCUGCAACAGAGUAA